ACACUAUCCCUGAAGAAGGCCUGGUCAGUGAGACGGUCCCUAUAAUUGUCGGAGAGGACCGGGUACGUGGGCGGACACGUUUGCAGGGAGAAACAUCGGAGUGGUGUAACGUAUAGGUGAACCAUGAAGCUGUUCGGGAUAGAAUUCGCUCCCCUGUGGAUCCCGGCUGAGCGGCGAUUCCAGACGUUCGCUGUGUUCCAAUGGACCAUGUGCUUUCUCUUUCUUGGAUUCUUCUGCCUCGGCAUCAGUCUUUAUAUUCUCCUGUGCACGUCAUAUUACUAUAUCAUUCUCGCCUACCUUGCCUGGUAUAUUUACGAUCAUAAAACCCCUGCGCGGGGAGGCCGAAGAUCUGACUGGGCCAGGAACUGGAAAAUAUGGCAUUACUUCAGGGAUUAUUUCCCCAUUUCCUUGGUGAAAACGGCUGAACUGGAUCCGAAGAAGAACUAUAUCUUUGGCUAUCACCCUCACGGCAUCAUGUCCGCAGGAGCCUUCUGUAACUUUGCCACGGAAGCGACCGGCUUUAGUAAAAUAUUUGCGGGUAUCCGGCCGUAUCUCUCCAUUCUCUCAGGCCAGUUUGUGUUCCCCUUCCACAGGGAUUACUUCAUGUGCUCAGGUAUGGUAGAGGUGAGUAAGGACAGUAUGAACUACGUCCUGUCUGGAGCUAAGGGGACAGGGAACGCCUUCGUGGUGGUUGUGGGUGGGGCCGUGGAGGCCCUGGAGGCACGCCCUGAUAACUACACCCUGACAAUUAAAAGCAGGAAAGGCUUCGUCAAGAUGGCACUCAAACAUGGUGCCUCUCUCGUGCCCGUGUUCAGUUUUGGGGAGAAUGAAUUGUUCACACAAAUGAGCAAUCCCAGAGGGUCAAAGUUGAAAGCCAUUCAGAUCAGACUGACAAAGAUGCUCGGGUUUUCUCCACCCAUUUUCCACGGCAGGGGGAUUUUUAACUACACCUUCGGAUUGAUACCCUACAGAAAGCCCAUCCAUACCGUGGUGGGCAAACCGAUUGACGUUGAGAAAACUCCAGAGCCGACGUCAGAGCAAAUCGAGGCAUUACACAAUCGUUAUCUGAACGAACUUCGGGAACUGUUCGAGCAGCACAAGACAAAGUAUGGCGUCAAGGAGAUGAAACACCUGGUGAUUGAGUGACAGGUGUCAGAGCUGAUUUUUAAUAUGUGCAUAUUUUAUUUUGUGACGACCACGCCCAGUGUGUAAUGUAGUGAAAAAAAAAGGAUAUUGUCUGGCUGAAAUUCAUGAAAUAUCACCUCUUAAUGAUUUUGGGCGUUGGUCAGGAAAAUACAAAGGCAAUGAAAGACGUGACACCUUAAGUUUAAGGUUGUAGAGGUGCAUAAGACAUUCUGUUAUCUGGAUGACUGGCAUGGACUACCAUACGUGGCCGAAUGGUUAGCAUGUCAGCGCGGCGCAAUGGCCGAGGAGUCACUUACCAUUGCCGUCGUUGUGAGUUCAAGUCCAGCUCAUGCACACUGGCUCUCCCAUCGUAAGUGCAUAGUAAGGUCUGCCAGCAACUCUGGUCGUAUGUUCUUCCUCCCACCGUAAUGCUGGCUGCCGUCGUAUAAGAAACCGUAUUAAACCGUAUUAUUAAACCUUUACUUAGAAGUUAGAAGUUCAACUUGUAAGUUGUAAUUUCAAACUAGAAUAGGUACACUAAUUGUAGUUUAACUUCUAACUAAAGGUCUCUGUUCUGGAGUACUGCGUAAAACACCAAUCAAAUAAAUAAAUUAAAAAAUAUCCAUACCGUGCUCAAACGUCUACGGUGCAGGGAACAUUACUGAUUAAUUUUAAUAGAACAGUGGUCAGUUCACAGCUUUGGAAAAAUUUUGGUCACGCUUAUAUACUAUAUAGCUGUAAUUAAACUUAGAUAGUAAGGAAUAGGUUAUCACAGGCCACUUUGCGUCAGAAAUCUUUUGACAGAUUUGUUACAUACAUAUUAGUACGGUAUACAUAUAUUAACGAUUUCUUAAUUUCCUUAAAGGAAAGGUUAUUCCAUGUAUUAGAGCAUUACCAUAUCAUCGCAUUUUUACAAGAAAACAACCAUGUGAUAAAAUCGGCCAGAUAUUUUGUAUAUAUAUGUAUACGUCGUUUAUAUGCAUUUAUAUACUUACAUAUGUACUGCAACAUUGUUUGCCCAGCUGUGCCUUCUAAAGAACUUGCCAUGACAAUUUCAUUUACAAUGUCAACGAAGAGCAUAUAAACAAUUUUUGAAUUAUUUUUAAUUCAUGUUACACAUUUUAUUUUCUACAUCAGUGGACUUUUGCACUUCUUUUGUAUCAUUAUAAUGGAACGUUUAACGUACUGUUCCAUGCGUUUGGAAUUAAAGGAUGUGUAUACAAACAACUUAACUAACAACUGAAUUUGAAUUAUUUCUACAAGGUAUAAACAAGCAUCUCUAAGCAAAUCUGAUGUGACAAGACUUAACAAUAGCAGUUCAACUUACACAACCGCCAUUCUGACAAGAAUCGCGUGAUAUGGCCAUGAUAGAUAGAACAUCAUUUUACUUAGGCUCGGCAUACGUGAGCUUAAUAUUAAACGCGACUCAACUCGACUGUUGAAUUCGCAAAAGCAAAAUCACGACGCGAUCCUACUCAGUUCGACUGUUGAGUUCGUGUAUGUAAAAUCACGACUCGAUCGUACUCAACUCGACUGUUGGCGUCGAGUCCUAUGUGCUUGCGUGUGUGCAAUCACGACGUGAUCCUACUCAACUUGACUGUUGCGUUGAGUCCUAAAUACUCGCGUAUGCGAAAUCACGACGCAACUCAACAGUUGAGCUGUAUGGCGACAGGGACCAGUUUCGUAUGACUAGCUGUGUUGAUCUGAGUCACAUCUUAAGCUCUCGUGUCUGCCAAACUUAAUAAGUCGUAAAUCUCCAGUCUUAAGUUUUACCAGCUUUUUUACACUUUGAAUAUCAGGAUUUUAUAACAAUUAUGUCAGUAUUAAACAUGGCAUAUUUUC